UCCACUAUUGACUUCUUCUCUGUUUUUUAUCUUCGCUUUGGAUAUGGACACUAUCCAGCUUUCUGUUUGCCUUUUCCUCCUCAUUUCAUUUAUCAUUUCAACAUGGAAAAUGUACAAGAGAAGAUGGCGUUUACCACCAGGACCCUUACCGUUGCCACUUCUGGGAAACCUGUUGCAAGGGGCAACUAAACUGUAUGAAACUCACAAUAAGUUCAGUAAGCAGUAUGGCCCAGUUUUCACUGUAUGGCUGGGUACUUCACCAGUGGUGGCACUCUGUGGGUAUGAUGUUGUCAAAGAUGCAUUAAUUAAGUGUUCUCAGCAAUUCAGUUUUCGGGGAUCCAUUCCAAUAUCAGAAACACUCAGCAAGGGAUAUGGUAUCAUAACCACUAAUGGUAAACGUUGGCAUCAAAUGCGAAAAUUUACAGCACUUACUCUCAGGAAUUCUGGAAUGGGAAAGAGGUCCAUGGAACAAAGAAUACAAGAAGAGGCUGUAUUCCUUGUCCAAGCUAUAUCAGAUAAACAUGGGGAUGCAUUCGAUCCUCAUACACUUCUCGGGAGGUCGGUUAACAAUGUUAUCAACUUGACUGUGUUUGGCAAACGUUGGCAGUAUGAAGAUGAACAAUUCCUGAAGUUCCUUGAAACAACUAACAAUUUGUUUAACUUCAUUCGAGCACCAAUAGGAGUGGCAUAUAGUGCAUUUCAGAAGGUAAUGCAAUACCUACCAGGCUCUCACCAGAAGAUAUUCCAAGAUUGUGAACAUAUGAAAUCUUUAAUCCAGGACCAAAUCAACUCACACAGAGAAACAUUGGAUGAGGAUUCACCUCGAGACUAUAUUGACUGCUUUCUCAUUAGGGCUAACAAGGAACAGUGGCUCCAGGAGAGUGAGUUCUGUAUAGAAAAUUUGAUCAGUUUAGUUUUUGAACUGUUCAUGGCUGGGACUGAAACUACAGCCAACACCCUUCAGUUCGGUCUUCUGGUUAUGAUAAAAUUUCCACAUGUCCAAGAACGUGUACAAAAAGAAAUAGAUUCAGUUAUUGGCACAGAACGUUUACCUAAACUGGCAGACCGCAUCCAGAUGCCUUAUACAAAUGCCGUGCUGCAUGAAAUCCUGAGGUUCUUGGAUCUAGUGCCAUUGGCACUGCCUCAUGUAGUGAUGGAGGACAUAUUCUAUAGAGGUUUCAAUAUUCCUAGGGGAACAACUAUUUUUCCUGUUCUUGGUUCUGUAUUAUCUGACCCUGCCUGCUGGGAGACUCCUGACAAAUUUAACCCAGGACACUUUUUGGACCACAAUGGACAAUUCUGCAUGAAUGAUGCAUUUAUUCCCUUUUCAGCGGGAAAACGAAUAUGUCCGGGGGAAGAAGUAGCACGUAUAGAAACCUUCCUGUUCCUCACCUCUCUGCUUCAGAAAUUCACAUUCAGAGCUAUAAAUCAUCCAGACAACAUUGACCUGAAGACACUAAGGAGGGCCUUCCGAAAACAUGGGCUCCAGUAUCAUUUAAAAGCAUACCCUCGAACUCAUGCUACUGAUAUAAUACAUGGAAAUAUAAUAUGACACAAGAAGGGAUACAUUUUAUUGAGAGGAAAAGCUGCUUUAUUUAUAAAAGGCGGUUUAAAAAAUUAUUUGAAUCACAAUUUGAAUUGACAGCAAUAUCAUAUGUCACAAAAUGAUUUAUAAAUAAGACUUUAUAUUACCAAUCCAACUUUGCAAUAUAACUGAUAAAGUUGAAUAUUUCCCUCAAGAUAGUUAAGAAUAAGAGUUAAUAUUUCAGAGAACUUAAUUAUUAUUUUAUUAGAUCAUGUGGAAAAAAAAUAAUUGUUUUUUUUUUUUAAAUCAAAAAACAGAUUUCAAUGCCAGGCAGCAACAACAAAGCUCAUAACGUUUUCCUGAGUUUAAACUGGUAAAUGCUUUUAUUGCAAUUGUUACAAAAAAGUUGAUAAAAGAAAACUUUAAUACAAUCAUUAA